AUGGAGGAGAAACUGAACCUGUACUUCUACCCGCUGCAGAGACUCAAGGUGUAUGAGGAGCCAAACAAGAUAGAGGUGGCGUUGACCCCCCUUAAGGAAAGGGAGCGAAAAAAGGACGAGGGGAUAGAAUCCUUAAAUUGUCGACCCGUGGAAAACCCACACAUGGUAUACGACCCGUUAAAUUCAAACAUACUGAAUGAAAUAAAAAAUUUUUACGCGAACGAUAAGGUGUAUCAGGUGGUGGGUUCGAACGAUGGAGUGAAGGGGCCCCAGGCGAAGGGAAGUCCGUUGGAGGGGGAGGAGGAAGAAAAUGAUCAAGUUGACAUGGAAAUUGACAACGAAGAAGGUGACGAUGCAGACGAUUGCUACUACACAGAUGAGGGGGAUGCCAAUCCGGAUGAAGAACAUGGAGAGGCUCCUCCAACUGGCACAGCUUUAAAGAAGAACCCACUUGGCGAUCAAACCAUGUCCAACAAAAGGGACAAAUCGAAUAAGAAGCAGAUGCACCGUUGCAGCGGAAGGGAGGGGAACAGCCAAAAAAUGAGCGAUAGAAAAAGGGCAAUGAAAAGUUGCAUCGACUUUUUGCAUAACUCACGCAAUUAUGAAAGGGAAAUACGACGAGACUACACCAGAGUGCGGGCAUCGCUAGACGUGGUUAACACUUUGGCCACUUUCUACAUCGACAAGAGCAUGCAGCUAGACAGCAGGUAUGCAUAUGACCUACGUUUCAAUGUGAAGUGCCCCGUUUUGGUCAUGCCCGGUGGGUUCUACAACAAUGAAGUAAAACUGAUGGAGACUCAAAUUGGGGAAUGCAUUUAUGACGAUUCUGGUGGAAAAGGAGAAAGCGGUUUUUCGGGAGAUUACCUCCCCGUGAAUUUCAAAUUCUGCUUCGACAACGAAGUCACCAUCGUGCCGACGAAUCUAUCCACGGGGAAUUAUGACGCGAACGAAAGGGGACUCCUUCCAACCUACUACAGGUAUGAGGAGAAAGUUAAGCUCGCCAAGGAGUACAACAGAAAACGAUCCUAUAGAAACGCAUACAAGCUUGAAAACAAUCACCUCCUCUACAAGCUGGACAGAAGCUUCACUGAACAGAAUCAAAAAGAAUCCAUUUCUGUUAGCAAAUAUUUGAAAAUAAAGGAAAUAAAAACGGACACGAAUAAUAUUAAUGAAACGGUUGUCUAUGCCAGGAAUGACGUUGGGUUGAUUAUCUUCCAGGUGAAGUACGCUCCAAGGGGGGACUUCCAAUGGGAUGAUCCCCUCUGGAGGGAAGGUGGGGAGGAAGACACAACAUACGACAAGGGCGCUUCUCAUGAUUCGCUAGAGGAGGCGUUCCCCGUUUUAGAUUACAGAAUAAAAAUAGCCAAAGACAUUCUCCUAUUUGACAGGCUGAUGCAAAUCUGUCCGAGCACGUGGACUUACGGGAGGUGCACACUGUUAGGCAAUUACAACAGUUUAUAUUCGUACGACUUAGAAACGAACCUAAUAGAAAUAGUAGAACUGAAGCAGAGAUUGUUGGGGUACUUUAAAAAGUACGAUACUGCUCUGUGUUUGUGUUACCUCCAAGAUGACAACACCCUCCUACUGGGAUGCCGUGCCUUGUAUAUAUAUGACAAGAGGGAAAAAUAUCUCUCCAAAUUUGCCACAAACCUUAGUGGCGUUAAGAGGAUAACGAAGAAGGCAGUCAGGUUAGAUGCACGUGAACACUUCCCAACGGGUGUGCCACAAGAUGUUAAGACAAAUCAGGAAAAUAUAUUUUAUGAGGAUAAGAAUAAAUCCCAUUUUAAUAGAGGCUACACAGCAGUUGCCACGAACCCACACUUCUCCUUCAUCGUUGCAUCUGUCAAUUCAUCUUUUAACGUGAUAGAAGUAUGGGAUCUAAGGAAUCAAUAUGAACCCGUUUUUAUCUUCCCACUUAAUAUAUCGGAAUUUACCGAGUCCCAUUUUAGACACAUCGAAUGGUUCUGCAUAACACCCUCUGGGCAGGACAAAUACGAGCAGAGGAUGACCUACAAUUUAGUUACCUUCUCCUAUUAUGAACAUAUGGUCUACGUGAGGAGAAUCCUAAUUCGUGACGAUUUUACUAGUUACAAGGAUUUAGGCAUGCAGGCGUAUACAAAUGAAUCCUUCCGUUUUGCCUAUAACUACACGUUUAAGGGGGAACCUUCUCGACGGGAGGAUGACCAGGGGUACCUCCCCACUGCCACAUACACUGAACCGGUUGACGCAGUUACAGUUCCUUCUUCCCUAGGUCAGGUGAAAAGGGAACAUGAUUCGAAUUUGGAUAGAUUCUACCCCCAAGAGGGGAAUUCUCCCCCCAAUGUGAGAACCAACAAUCUGACCGGUUACAGUGCCAAUGAUCCCGUGGGCGAUCCACUUAACGAUGACGGUGAGAAAAGUGCCUCCUCCACGAAGGAAGAAGAUCUCCUGGCAAACCAAAUGCACCUUCGGGAAGACAUAUCCUACAAUCAUCUAUUUAGUUACAAACCAGUGAAGAUGCAUGUGGAGGAGUCCCUCCUGGUAGACACAGCCAAGUUCACCCCAAUGCAGAAAAACAAAACGGAGUCCAUUAGACUCAUUUCCGACCGCUCCAAGUACAAUUCGAUCAACACCAAUAUGUAUAAUUUAUUUUUCGGCAUAUACGGAAUGAAGUUCGUGCAGUUAUGUGUGCCAGUUUUGUAUUGCGCAAGGGAAGCUAGGCUACCUACUCCUAGGAGCAACUCCCCCAACCAAUGCAAUGGUAACCGAUCACCUGAGCAUUACCUGGAGGAGCGCUUCUACUUUGACGGGAAGAACACACAAACGUGGAAAUAUUUUGUGAAGAAAAAGAACCCACAAAAAAGGGGAUCCUCCGUAAGGAGACAAGAAAUAGUGGGAAUCAAAUUUGACUAUGUCCAAUUUAUUUUUCACACGAAUUCUAGUGGGCAACUAUUCUGUACUCCAGUCAACUUGUGCGUGAAGAAUUUGCCUCAAGAGCAGGCCAAGGGAUGGAUCCCCAUAAAUAGGUCCUAUGUGGUGAGUACCUACCGGAAUGAAGGUAUACCUGCUAUGCUUAGCAAGUUCGCUGACCUGGUGCAGAAUAAACAGCAUGGUGAAGAGACGAAUCAACGGGGUGUAACGAAGGAACAACACGAUGAAGCAACACCGAGAGAGGACCACCCGAAACAGUUAGCGGACACGUCACCAAGUCCAAACAUCUACAGUAACGAACUGGAGGACGAAUUUAACUUUUUCAAUUUAAACCAUUUUGAAGGGCUCAUGUCAAACGGGGUCGAUGACGUAGAAAGGGAUACACAUACCAUUCAUAUAGAGGAAAAAAAAAAAAGUAAACCCAUGGAUGGAGAACAGCACGAAAAAGCCACCCCCCCCAUGUCCAAUCCGGAGGCCGCACAACCAAUUAACUUCCUACACCUGAAUAAGGACAACUACGAUAUGUUAAAGCACACACCGUUUAAGUUUUCCAAUGUAACACAUGAAUUUCUGAUCCACCUGUUUAAGCUAUUGUGUCGAGACAAAAUUCUUGUCUUGCAGAAUAACACAAACGUCAUAAAAAUAGGUAGCCUGAAGAAAGGGUUCCAAUUAAGUAGAACGCUUGCCUUAAAAAUUAAGACGUUCCUUCAGAGGGAGCUCUCUUCUCCUAACUCGCCAUCCGCUAUUGGUGUUGAAGAAUUGUCCGACCAUGUGAAUUACAAAACGGGGGAAACAAAGAGUUUGUCGGAGGGGAAACAAUCUUCCUUCUGUGACUCCUUCAGGGUGCCUCCCUUAGCCGCAGAUGCGCUUUCCACGCAGGACCGGCAUAGUAGUAGAUUCUCCCAUUUAGGCCCCGCCCCUGCUAACGGCAACAAAGAGGAAGCACCUAAUGGAGAGAAAAAAAUGACCAAUCAGGAUGCUUCUUCGGAGGAAGCUGGGGAAGGAUCUCCCAACGUGCUUGGACAAUCGACCCAAAAAAUUCCUCCAAUCCUUACGCCCACCGGGGAGGAAGAGGAUUUACCUGCAGGGGAAAGGGGAAAAAGGAAGAAAAACUCUACGCAGGAUAUUACGCAGGAUGUUACGCAGGAUAUUGCGCAAACUGUCAUACAAAAAGGCACCACCGAAAAAGGCAACACCCACAGUUGCACCACUGGAAAGACCUCCAAGCGAGCGCCAAAACUGUCCGAUUUGAUCAUCGAGCGGAUGCAGGAGUGGACACGAUGCGGCAAACCCAAGAAGGGAAAAAGCAACAGCCGUCCUACCACCAAUGGUACCACCAGGAAAAAGGGAAAAAAAAAAGAAAAAAAAGCAACUACCUCCCAGUGCCGUAACAGCGAGACCCUCUGCUCCAAGCACAACGUUUAUGAACUCUUCGCAAAAUAUAAUGUAAGGGCCCAAUUUAAGCACGACGUCAUUCAGACGAAUCUUGACCCCCAUUGCAGCUACGUUAAUGUGAAUUACCUGAACAAGACCUUCUUCCGGGAAAAGAAAUAUGCCUUCUGCACUUUUCAUUUUAAUAAAUUUUUUUAUGUGCAAACAAUGGCCGAUUUGAAAUUGUCUGCGUAUGGACUGACUGACCAGAUGAGGAACCAAUUUGUACGGGACAGCUGUCCGUAUGUGACGUACUCGCCGAAUUUUCAGCCCAGUCGGAUCCUCCAGGGGGGGUCCUCCGGCGGAGGUGGCAGCAUCGGUGAUGUGCGCGAAAUAUCUAACCACAAUGAGAAACUCUUCUACGAACAGAGCGCCUUUAAUUUUAAGGCAUUGCUUCUAAACCUGCUAGGCAAGAAUGAAAGCGCCGCAACGGCUAACAGGGGAAUGAUCACGCAUGAACCUGGUGAUGUGAAGGAAAAAUGUCCAAGCAGCAAACGUAGUGACCACGUAGAAGAAGAGGAAGCACCCCCCAUGGAAGUGAACCAGGAUUACGCCGAAUUCGGUCAGAUCACCAACUUCCUCUCCCCAAAUGAGGGUUACACAUUUGACGCGAUGGAAAAUUUAAACAACCACGUAGAGGCAGAUAACGUCUCUCAACAGAGCGAACCUCAAAUCAGUGGAAGCGAUGUGAACCCCUUUGGUAAUUUUGUGCAGAAUGGGGGAGAAGAAGAAAUUGGUGACUUCUACAAGGCCCCCCAAGAAGCUCAACGGGAUGUGAAAGAAGCAGAAUUGGAGGAAGUGUCCAAACGGAGAUACCCCCUGUCAGUCCUAAGAAAUGCACACAACAUGAAGGAGCUGCUCUGCCUGUACAACCAGGGAGGACUGCAGCACAUACUAGAUACAAUGAGAAGAGCAAAGUUGGGAAAAAAAAAGAAGGGAAAAAAGAAAAAAAAAAAAAAAGAAAAGCGGUUAAAGAAACUCUGCGAGGGUGUCUCCAAAGAGUUGAACAAAUGUGUGUCUGUAAAAAACUUCCUCUUUUACGACGCGCCCAUUUGUUUCUGCCUGUAUGGAAAUGACCCGAAUAAUAAAAGGCAAUACAACACCUACAUUAAUUCAUAUACGUUCCUUUUUGACGUGGUCCGCUUUUUCGGAAACAACGCUGCGGUUGGGAAUGAAAUUGGACGACUUUACCUGCAUGGUCGUAUGCCAUCUUUAUGUGAAAAGGAAAGUGAUGAAAUGGCAGUCCAUUGCUUAAGUGAAGAAGGCGAUCAGAAUGGGCAAAAUUUACUUAAAAGACAAUCAUCUCCCCAAGUUGGUGGAACAGCAGAUGGAGACCCCUUGUGGGAGUAUGAUCCCUUCGAGCGACUGAGACGUGCCAAUCGUAUUAACCAUUUGGGCAAUAGGGAGGGACUCCCCAAUUAUGACCACCUGUUGCACAAAUUCAAAAGGGAUGGACUACUCUUAAUAAGCAAAGACAUCACAUACGAAACAUUCCAACACAUGCUGCAGAAUGAGUACUACAUUCCCGUGCCGAAAUAUAUGAAGAACGACAUAAAAAUGAAGGAAGAGAAUUUCCAGUGCACACCAGUCAGCUGUUUUAAAAAUCAUGUCAUUGGAUUUUACAACAAAAAAUUAUCGGAUGUGUACAAUUCCAUCGACUUUCGUGAUUUAAAAAAUUUCGACAUGCACCAGUAUGUCUACCACGAAUAUUUUAACCUUUCGGGAAUUCAAACAGGCACCACUGGAAGUGCCACUCUAAAUAAGUACAUAGACCAUGGGGAAGGGAAGUAUAGCAAUUCCGCUGCCAAGAGUGGUUUUAAGGGCGGAUACAAAAUGGAUUGCUCCCUUCUGAACAAGCUGUAUAGGUUGUGGCCUAGUGAGUCCCACGGCUGCGAAUCCAGGGAGGAUUACUUGGAAAUGAUGAAGACGCUUGAAAACAGGAAAAAGGCUAUCUUUCACAAGUAG